UUUUUUCAUGGAAGAACCCAAAUGGGAAGGGAAAGCCACUGCAAAAGUUCAAGCUGCAAAGGCAGAUCAAGUUUGGCUAUUGUUACAUGAUUUCUGCAGCAUAGACAAAUACCUUGGGGCAAUAGACACAUGCUACGAUAUUGAGGGUUCAUAUGGUUUGCCGGGUCUGAUCCGCUACUGCAGCACCACCGUGCCAUCAUAUGGGGGAAGUGAGGACCAUGAAAUCAAGUGGUGCCAUGAGAAAUUGUUAGAAGUUGACUCGAUCAAUCGAUGCUUGAUCUACGAGGUUAUGGAAAAUAACAUGGGGAUUAAUUCAUAUGUAGCCACCCUUAAAGUGAUUCCUUUGGAUGAUGAUAAUUCAGGAUGUAUAAUUGAGUGGUCGUAUAUUACCCUUCCCAUAGAUGGUUUCACGGACGGUAAUUUUCUUUCUUAUAUUGAUUAUUCGGUUCAUUCCAUCGCGGAGAACAUGAGUAAAGCUCUUGAGGUUAAAGAUUGAUUUUCUUUUGAGUAGUAAAAAAUAAGUGGCAUUUCUUUGUAAUGUUUAAAAUGAAAUUUAUUUAUUAUUAGUA